GCGACUGCUGCGACCUCUCACACAGGACGGGGGGACAUGAUCCCCUCACUAGCCGGUUCCUGUCGGCCAUGAAGCGGCAGAAUGUGCGGACUCUGUCCCUCAUCAUCUGCACGUUCACUUACCUGCUGGUCGGUGCCGCUGUCUUUGACGCCCUGGAGUCUGACUACGAGAUGAGGGAGGAAGAGAAGCUCAAAGCCGAGGAGAUACGUCUCAAGGGGAAGUACAACAUCUCCAGCGAGGACUACAGGCAACUGGAGCUGGUCAUCAUGCAGUCGGAACCUCACAGGGCUGGGGUCCAAUGGAAAUUUGCGGGUUCCUUCUACUUUGCCAUAACUGUUAUUACUACUAUAGGUUAUGGGCAUGCUGCUCCAGGAACCGACGCGGGAAAGGCCUUCUGCAUGUUCUACGCCGUCCUUGGCAUCCCGCUCACUCUUGUGAUGUUCCAGAGCCUGGGAGAGCGAAUGAACACCUUUGUCAAGUACCUCCUGAAACGAAUCAAGAAAUGUUGUGGGAUGCAUAGUACAGACGUCUCCAUGGAGAACAUGGUGACCGUUGGCUUCUUCUCCUGCAUGGGUACCCUUUGCAUUGGAGCCGCGGCCUUUUCCCACUAUGAAGAGUGGAGUUUUUUUCAGGCCUAUUAUUACUGUUUUAUAACUUUAACUACUAUAGGUUUUGGAGACUAUGUGGCUCUGCAAAAAAACAGGGCCCUUCAAAAGAAGCCUUUAUAUGUGGCUUUUAGCUUUAUGUACAUUUUAGUAGGCUUGACAGUUAUUGGGGCAUUUCUAAACUUAGUUGUUCUCAGGUUCCUGACUAUGAACAGUGAGGAUGAAAGGAGAGAUGCAGAGGAGAGGGCUUCCUUGGCCGGAAAUCGUAACAGCAUGAUCAUCCACAUCCAGGAGGACACACCGCAUGGCCGUCAACGGUACAAGGCCGAAGUGACAGACCUUCAGUCCGUUUGUUCUUGCAUGUGUUACAGAUCUCAUGAGUACACCAGCAGGAUGGUGUCCCACCAAAAUUCCUUCAGCUCCAAGCUGAAUCCUCAGUACUUUCAUUCAAUAUCCUACAAGAUUGAGGAAAUCUCACCAAGCACAUUAAAAAACAGUCUCUUCCCAUCCCCUGUUAGCUCAGUUUCUCCUGGGUUGCAUAGCUUUACAGACAAACACAGGUUAAUGAAAAGGCGGAAAUCGAUUUAAGGGUCACCUAUAGUCUUUUUUUUAGUUUUUCCCAAGGUCGCCCUUCUUUUUCUCUCUGGCAUUUAGGUCUCAUUUUUUCUGAAAUGAGACAGAGAGAGGGGAGCGAAAGAAAGAAAAAAAAACAAAAAGUUGAAACGAGCCUGCCUUCUCCGAGACUCAUUAGUGAGCAUGAAGCAUGGAUUCUUCUAACUUCUCCAGCAAACUAUGCCUUACAUAAACCCCCUGAAAGUAUUUCAGAGGAUUUCAUAAAUAAUUGAUAUGGAGUGGGUACCAAAUCUAAAGUUGCACACAAGACGGUGGGCGUUUGUGUGUCGCUUGCACUUCUGACCUUAGAACCUUUUUGAAUUAUUAAAAAAUAAAAAACGACAACAAAAAAAAUAUAGCAGGUCACGGGUAUGAGUGUUUGUGCAAUCCCAACUUAAUUGUAACAAAUUCAAACAUCAGGUAUUAAUUCCGGUAAGCAAUUGUAUUGCUUUAAAAAAACAAAAAAACUUUUAAUUACUGAUAGACGACUAAAAAAACCUACAAAAUUAUUAUUUUUUCUUUUAAAUUGAAAUUGAGUUUUUUAUUCAUUUCUUUCAAAGCAUGUGCAUUAGGCAGUUUGAAUGCCGUAAAUAUCAUAAGACUUUUUUUUUUUUUCAACGCUAGAGAGAUUGUUUAAAAAUAUGAAUAAUAAUGAAACAUUAUAGAUCUUUCUAGUUUGCCGGUUCCGAAAUAAUUUAAGAAAAUAAACAGCAUGCACUUUUUUGUUUUUGAAACUGGCAUGCAUUUACGAAUAAUACAAAAAGCGGAUAGAACUAUUCACAUGAGAGUUUUAAAUCUUUUUUUCAAUUACUUUGCUCUAAUGAAUGGCUCCAAUCACUUGCUUUAUUGCUGGAGCAAUUAAUACGGAACAAGGGAAAAUAUUUAAUUUAAAUUGUACAUUUUUUUUUUCCUUUUUACUUUAUUUAAAAAAAAAAAAAGAAAGAAAAAAAAAGAAUAUUUUUGGUGCAGCAAGUACCUGCAUGAAUAGAAUUCUAUUUUUCGGAAUGCUUGGGGAUUCUUGGGCGGUUGUAAAAAUUUCUUUUUUCAAUAAAAUAGUGAUGGGACACUCCUGGCUGUAUGAAUUGCAAA